CGCCCGGACGUUUCACAGGCACGCAACGAGUUCCGGUUGGUGAUGUCAGUUUUCUGUGCAUGCCGCGGAGUGUAGCUUCUGUCAAAGUUGUAGCUGCUGCACAGCCGACCUGCCGACAUGGGGAUUUUGGAGAAAAUCGCGGAAAUAGAGAGAGAAAUCUCUCGGACACAGAAAAACAAAGCCACUGAGUACCAUCUGGGUUUGCUCAAGGCCAAGCUAGCCAAAUACAGAGCUCAGCUCCUGGAGCCCUCCAAGUCAGCGGGGGCCAAAGGCGAGGGCUUCGAUGUCAUGAAAUCAGGAGACGCUCGUGUUGCUCUUAUCGGUUUCCCCUCUGUGGGUAAGUCCACCUUCCUUAGUUUGAUGACGUCAACGGCCAGUGAAGCGGCUUCCUACGAGUUCACCACCCUCACCUGCAUACCUGGUGUCAUAGAGUACAAAGGGGCCAACAUCCAGCUGCUCGAUCUGCCAGGAAUCAUCGAGGGUGCUGCCCAAGGUAAGGGUAGAGGUCGGCAGGUCAUCGCUGUCGCCAGGACAGCAGACGUCGUCAUCAUGAUGUUGGAUGCCACCAAAGGGGAUGUUCAGAGAGAACUUCUAGAAAAAGAGUUGGAGUCAGUGGGCAUUAGACUCAACAGGACAAAACCAAAUAUUUAUUUCAAGCCCAAGAAAGGUGGCGGCCUCUCCUACAACUCCACUGUUCCUCUCACCCACUGCUCAGAGAAACUCGUCCAGCUCAUCCUUCACGAAUACAAAAUCUUUAACGCAGAAGUCCUCUUCAGGGAGGACAGCACACCAGACGAGUUCAUCGAUGUCAUCGUCGGGAACAGAGUUUACAUGCCUUGUCUUUAUGUGUACAAUAAGGUGGAUCAAAUCUCCAUCGAGGAGGUGGACCGCCUGGCUCACAGACCUCACAGUGUCGUCAUCAGUUGUGGGAUGAAGUUGAACCUGGAUUACCUUCUGGAGACGUUGUGGGAAUACCUGGCUCUGAUUUGCAUUUACACUAAGAAAAGAGGAGAGCGCCCAGACUUUACUGAUGCCAUCAUUAUGAGAAGAUCAGCAUCUGUAGAACACGUGUGCCAUCGAAUCCACAGAACCUUAGCCAGCCAGUUCAAAUAUGCCCUGGUUUGGGGAACCAGUACCAAGUACAGCCCUCAGAGGGUCGGUCUAACACACAUCAUGGAGCACGAGGACGUCAUCCAGAUCGUGAAGAAGUAAAAAAAAAUAAAAAGCUCCUGAUUGGACAGAGAGACUGAGGAGGAGGUGUCAGUCGGGGGAGUUAAGACGGAACAAAAAGACCCACUGUACAGUAGAUAUAUACAACAAUAGUCGCAAUUCUUAUUUUGUAUAUGAAAAUUAACAAAAGACGCUGAAAGAGACGACCUUAUUUAAGUCGGUUGCGGACAGGAAAUGGUGUAUUUUACCUUUGAUUAAGAUAAAAAAGAUACAUUGAUUCAGAGAGAAAAACAGGAAGACAACGAAUAAAGAACAUAAAAUCUUUAAUGAA